ACGUCCGCCACACAGAACAUGGCGGACCCUGAUGGGCAGUAACACCCGGCGCCCAUCCUCCCGCGAUUAGGUUUGUCUUCUGUUGGGCCCAGUGAUUCGGCUACGUCAUCAACCUACGCUUUGAGAGAGAGUUCACUCGUUGAGACGGGAGGAGAGGCGCAGCCUGGUGAUGUGGACAUGUGGGACACAUCUGUGCUGGGCGUGGAGGGAGCUGUGAGAGAAGCUGGUGCCACUGCCCAGUAAGCAGAUGGAAAUUAGACUAAGCUCGCAGUAAUGGGCAGAAGCUAUUUUGUGGAAGAAGCUCUUGGACAGUAUCUUUCAGACUUCAGCACCAAGCCAAAGGCUUGUGUCACUGGCCUGUUGAUAGGGCAGUGUUCCCCACAAAGAGAUUAUGUGAUUCUCGCUAUUCGAACACCUCCAAGAGAAGAGCAAAAUGAAAGCAACAAAAAUUAUCAUCCAAAAUUGGCUGACAUUGAUGAAGAAUGGGUAACAGGACAUGCUAGUCAGUUGUCUAGAAUGCUCCCAGGAGGACUGCUAGUUCUUGGUGUAUUUAUUGUUGCAGCUCCAGAGCUGGCAAAAGACAUCCAAAAUGCUUUGCGCAAGCUAGUUUUUUCAGUAGAAAAGUCUAUAAUUAAAAAGAGGCUCUGGAAUUUUACUGAGGAGGAGGUCUCUGACAGAGUGGCUCUUCACGUUUGUUCUGCUACAAAGAAGAUACUUUGUCGAACCUAUGAUAUGCAAGAUCCAAAGAGUUCAGCUAAGCCAGCAGACUGGAAGUACCAAAGUGGCCUGUCUGCCUUCUGGCUGUCUUUGGAAUGCACAAUUAAUGUUAAUAUCCACAUCCCACUUUCUGCUACAUCAGUCAACUAUGAACUAGAGAAAAAUACAAGGAACGGAUUAACCCGGUGGGCGAAACAGAUAGAGGAAGGUGUUUUUCUGAUCAACGGGCAAGCUAAAGACGAUGACACAGAGCUAUUGGAAGGGCAGAAAAAGUCUUCAAGAGGAAAUAUUCAACACAGUAUUCAACCCUUUGAUGUGAAGGUUCUGACGCAAUUGUCCCAGAGUUCAGGCCAUAGAUCUACAGCAACAGUGCAAGUCUGCAGUGGUUUCAUAAAUCUUAAAGGUGCUGUGAAAUGCAGAGCUUACAUCCAUAAUAACAAGCCGAAAGUUAAAGAUGCUAUUCAGGCUUUAAAGAGGGAUAUAAUAAACACACUCUCUGAUCGUUGUGCAAUAUUGUUUGAAGAUCUGCUUAUAAAUGAGGCACCCGACAAAAAAAAUUCUGAGAGAGAAUAUCAUGUCUUGCCUCACAGAGUGUUUGUCUCUAUUGCUGGAUCAAAUGUGAUGCUGUGUGAUUAUAAAUUUGGAGAUGAAACGGCUGGCGAAAUCCAAGAGCGUUUUUUUGAGAUGUUGGAUCAAGUUGUGCACGGGGAAGCUAUACAGAUAGCCGAGGAAAUAAACACAGUUGAUAUAAAGCCACCUGUCGACAACACAGAUGACACGCAACAGAUGCAAUUGACAAAAGCAACGCUGCUAUUGAAAUUUCAACAAAACAUGGGUGUGGUAAUAGCGGCUGCAGUUGCAAUCUUUGCAGUAGCUUUCUCCUUUAAUUACUUCAGUGACUAGACUCCAAGCAAAAGAAGCAGUCUAAUCAUCAUGGGAACAUUGACCAAUAUUCACAUUAAUAAAAAGUGGAAGCUUCGCAAAUUUCAUAUAUUAGCAACUAAACAUGUUGCCUAAAAUACACCAGUUCGGUGUGUUCUAAAUUGUAGUGAUAUAUUCAUCUCGUUUCAACAUGCAAAUACUGUAGGUGGAUCAGAUUUCCAGGAAACUAAAGGUAUAUAUCUUUGAUGGAAAUUACCUGUAAAAUAGCAUUAUUUUCCAGGAAGAAUUA